AUGGGUGCUCACCCUCUUCUUCUGCUGUCAGUGUUUCAUAUCAUUCUCUCACUUUGGCAAAUCAAAGCUUCACAAAAUUUAUGCCCAAAUAGCUGUGGCAGUGUCAAAAUAUCGUACCCUUUGGGAAUCGGAGAAGGCUGCUACUUAAACAAGCUGUUUGAAGUAACCUGCGCCAACUCUUCUGGCUCUCCAAGAGCUUUCUUAAACAGCCUUCGUCUAGAAUUAACCGGAAUUCUUCAUCCUUCUUCUUCCUUCAUCGUCAAAUUCCCCCGGAAUUCAAGCUUCAACCUAUCUGGAACCCCAUUUUCCUUUUCAAAUGCAGACAAUAUGGUCAUUGCCAUUGGUUGCAAAAACUACCUCAAUCAGAAAGACAGUCGCUGCCAUUCUUUUUGUACUUGUGAUCCUAAGAAAAAUGAUGGCUGCUGUAAUUUCCUUUGUACCCUUCCUCAAAACCGUAAGUUUGUCAAUGUAAACUUGUCAGAAAUUUAUCCUGAAAGUUUUCCCAGGGACUGCAGUUCCGCCUUUAUGGUUCAUAAAGCUUGGCUUGAGUUAAAAAAUCCAUAUGUUUUGAAAGAAAAAGAAGUCUUUCCGGCAAUUAUAGAAUGGGGGAAAUAUGGAGGUUCAUGUGUGGAAUUCUAUAAUUCACACAAAAUUACCAAUUGCAGCACAGAUGAUAACUGUGUCAUACAAUUAAACUCGGACUAUUUUUGUCUUUGCCAUGAUCAAAGAUCUCACAGCUAUGGAGUCUGCAAAGGUAGAGGUGGUUUGCUUUGUGUUUCAAAGAACAACAGUGGUUGCUCCACAUGCCCAUAUGGCUAUGAACCUUAUCAAAGUGAAGAUCAAGAAACAUGGUGCUCACCUUCAUCAAUAAGAAAACCUCCAGUCAAAUAUAUAAUCAGCAUAGGUUUCGAUGCAGGGCUCGGAGUGAUGUUACUUAUCGUUGUAACAUGGAGGUUGUACAAAUUCAUACAAAAAAGAAAAGCAAUCAAGCUGAAGCAGAAGUUAUUUAUAAUCAAUGGUGGAAACUUUGAGAAAACAAAAUUGUUUACCUCAAAAGAAUUGGAGAAAGCCACUGACAAUUAUCAUGCCAGUCGAGUUAUUGGUGAAGGAGGCCAAGCCACUGUGUACAAGGGAAUGCUCCCAGAAGGAAGAAUCAUAGCCAUUAAAAGGUCCAAGAUAGUGGAUGAAAGUAAAUUUGAAGAAUUCAUUACUGAGGUCAUAUUAUUGUCACAAAUUAGUCACAGAAAUAUAGUUCAAUUAGUAGGCUGUUGUUUGGAGACUAAAGUUCCUGUUUUAGUCUAUGAGUUUGUUUCCAAUGGAAAUCUGUAUCAACAUUUACAUGACCAAAAUGAAAAGUUUCCUCUCACAUGGGAAGUAAGAUUGAGGAUUGCUUCUGAAGUUUCAAGUGGGCUAAACUAUUUGCAUUCAGCUGCGUCAAUAUCUAUAUACCAUGGAGAUAUCAAAUCUGCAAACAUACUUUUGGAUGAAAAAUUUCAAGUGAAAGUGUCAGAUUUUGGAACUUCAAGGUCUAUUUCAGUUGAUCAAACUCAUUUGACAACUCAAGUAAAAGGGACAUUCGGGUACCUUGAUCCAGAGUACUUCUGGUCAAGCCAAUUUACUGAGAAAAGCGAUGUUUAUAGUUUUGGAGUAGUUCUUGCUGAGCUUUUAACUGGGCAAAAGCCAAUUUGUUCUACUAAUAUUGAUGAAGAUAGAAGUCUUGCAACGUAUUUUCUAUAUGCCAUGAAAGAGAAUCGCCUAUUUGAAAUCCUUGAUCCUCGAGUUAUGAAAGAAGCUGGAAAAGAAGAGAUUAUGAAAUUUGCCAAUCUCAUAAUAAAAUGUUUGGACUUAAAUGGAAAAAAUAGACCUACAAUGAGGGAGGCAGCAAUCGAAUUGGCUGGGAUUAGAGCUUCAACACACUCUUCAAGUAUGCACCAUAUUAAUAUUGAUGACACUAAUUUUGUUCUCGCUGAAUUAAAUUCUUUUGAGGAUAGUUUAUCCUUUCCUAGAUAG